GGUGACCGAGGAGGCGGCCGAGGUGGUGGACGGGGCGGUGACCGUGGUGGACGUGGUGGUGGCUUUGGCGGGCGAGGUGGCGGUGGAGGCCGUGGUGGAUUCGGUGGUGGAGACAGGGGAGGUCGAGGUGGUGGACGGGGCGGGUUUGGUGGUGACCGAGGACGAGGUGCUCCCCGAGGCCGUGGUGCGCCCCGAGGAGGAGGACGUGGUGGUGCCCGAGGCGGAAAGGCCGGUGUCGGAGGCAAGGGUCCCGGCGCAGUCACCCUCGAACCCCACAAGCACGCCGGUGUCUACAUCGCCAAGGGCAAGGAGCACCUCCUUGUCACAAGAAACAUGGCCCCCGGAGAGUCGGUAUACGGCGAGAAGCGAGUAUCGAUCGCGACAACGAACGCAGAGGGAGAGGAGGAGAAGGUCGAGUACCGUGUUUGGAACCCUUUCAGGAGUAAGCUCGCGGCUGGUAUUCUCGGUGGUCUCGACAACAUCUACAUCCAACCCGGAGCAAAGGUCCUCUACCUCGGUGCCGCUUCCGGAUCAUCAGUCUCGCACGUCUCGGACAUUGUCGGUCCCGAGGGGGUAGUGUACGCCGUCGAGUUCUCGCACCGUUCAGGUCGUGACUUGAUCGGUAUGGCCAAGAAGCGUACCAACGUUAUCCCCAUCGUAGAAGACGCCCGUCACCCCCAAAAAUACCGCAUGCUCGUUCAAAUGGUCGACGUCAUCUUUGCCGAUGUCGCCCAGCCCGAUCAGGCCCGUAUCAUUGCUCUCAACGCCCACCACUUCUUGAAGAACAGCGGCGGUAUCGUCAUUUCCAUCAAGGCCAACUGUAUCGACUCGACCGCACCCGCCGCCCAGGUAUUCGCGAGCGAGGUCAACAUUAUGAGGAAGGAGGGUAUCAAGCCUAAGGAACAAUUGACAUUGGAGCCGUAUGAGCGUGAUCACGCUAUCGUCGUCGGUGUGUACGAACGCCACGGCGGAAACUAG